AUGGACAACAUGCAGCAGACAAUACACAGCAUCAAUGGUACCACUAAUGGCCACUGCCGACUAAAGUCCAUGAACUUUGAGGUUCCCGAAAACAGCUUUUCCCAUGAAACUCAGGGGCUUAGCAGGAACCGACUUGUGGUUCGACGAGGGAAACCCUUCAAAGUGACGCUAAAGUCUGACAGUUGGCUGUGGAAUCCCUCCACUGAGAGGCUGGUGCUGGAGGUUUGUUUAGGUGGCCUGUCAAAGAGGAUCCCAGUUCUGUUCUAUGAAGAACAGUCCCACCCCCAGCUCUAUGACUGGACAGCUACAAUCUACCCAGGGAACAUGCAUCCCCAGUCAGUCAUCAUCCACAUUUGCGCUCCUGUUCAGUCAUCAGUGGCUCUGUAUGAACUCCUGGCCCACAUAGAGACCAGACGGAGCAGAAUUACUUAUGUAUUGGGAACAUUUGUGCUACUGUGCAACCCUUGGCUGAAAGAUGAUCCAGUAUACAUGCCACUGGAUGCCCAUAAAGAAGAGUACAUCAAAAGUGACUAUGGGCUAGUGUAUAUGGGGAGCAGUUCAAAUGUUAGCAAGCGUCCAUGGUCAUUUGGUCAGUAUGAGCCUGGAGUCCUGGAAGCAUGUCUGAAGCUCCUGGAGUUCAGCCCGCAACACCUCACUGACAAAAACAAAGAUUAUACAUUACGAUCUGAUCCUGUCUACCUCAGCCGAGUGGUCUGUGCUAUGGUAAACUGUAACGAUGACCUGGGUAUUCUGGAGGGAAAGUGGCAGGGAAGCUACAAAAAUGGUGUGAAGCCUACAGAUUGGAGUGGCAGCGCUGACAUCCUUCUCCGCUGGGCCUCAUCCAAAUGCAGACCUGUGCGUUAUGGCCAAUGCUGGGUCUUUGCAUCCGUCCUCUGUACAGUAAUGAGAGUUCUGGGGAUUCCCUCCAGGGUGGUAACAGUUUUCAAUGCAGCUCAUGAUGGAAAUGGCAACAUGAUAAUUGAAGAGUUUUACACGAGAACAGGGGAGAAGUUCGGCAUGUCAAAGGACAGCAUUUGGAACUUCCAUGUGUGGGUGGAGUGCUGGAUGAGGAGACCAGAUCUUGGUGCAGGGUGUGACGGUUGGCAGGUAGUGGACCCAACACCGCAGGAAAAGAGUGAAGGGAUAUUUUGCUGUGGACCUUGUCCGGUUGCUGCCAUCCAGCACCACUGGUUGGACGCCCGAUAUGACAUCCCAUUCGUCUGUGCCUCUGUUGAUGCAGAUGUCGUAAGGUUAAUUGUGCACAAUGGACUGGUGGUGGGAAAGACGGUGGACACCGAGUGUGUGGGAAAGCUCAUCUACACCAAAAGCAUCGGAUCAGAUAAACCAGAGAAUGUGACGCUGACAUAUAAACCUGACAAAAGUAAGAGAAUGAGGAAAAACAUCACACUGUGCAAGAACACUGCAACACCAAGGUCAGUGUCUGUACCUCAGAGCACCCCCACCAACCUUUCAGACUCCCCUUAUUUCAGUGGUAUAAUGUCACCCAAUUUGAACAUGACCCUAAAAAUAGUUGGGGUGCCUAAACUGGGUGAGCCCAUCCACAUAUGUGUGACCAUCACAAACCAGUGCAAGAACCCCAGGGUUCUGGUGGGACACAUCAACGCUCAGGUGAAAGAGUACGACAGCAGCCCGAGUGAGGCCUUCUGGGACGCACAAACAGAGGUGCAGAUACAGCCAUUUUCAGUGACAACACUCAAUCACACCAUCUCUCAUUUUAAAUAUCAGUCAUUCCUGGCUGGCGAUGAUAUUGUGAACUUGGCAGUGGUGCUAAAGGACAUGACAACCAAAGAAACAUUUCUGGCUGCUGAAGAGUUCAGCAUAAGCCCUCCACAAAUAACCAUACAGAUUGAAGGAGGCAACUCUAUCCAGCUGAAGAAGGAGCGCACAGUCCUUGUGUCCUUCACCAACUGCCUCAGCACAGCUCUGUAUGAAGUUGUGUUGACUGUGCAGGGAGCCGGCUUGCUGGAGGGCAAACAAGUGGCCAAGAUAAUUCUCCUGCAGCCAGGCGAGAAGAUAUUGAAGACGGUGUCCAUCACGGCUACUUCACCUGGCACCAAGCUGCUGAUGGCCACUUUGUCACACAGCAACAACCCCAACAUCAUUGCCAGGUGGUACCACAAAGUGUCUGUCACAGCAUAA